GAAACCAGCAGCCCUCCCGCUGUUUUUGUAUCCCCCGCCAUGGCUGCUCCGAAGCGGAAGGCAGAAACAAAUACCGGCAUUUCGCCCAAAAAGGAGGCCGGCGCACCAGCAGACCGUUCUGCAAAACGGCAGCGGAAAUCCGACGCUGCGGACGCCGGAAAACCAGCCAAAGUCGCAACUGCGAAGCCUGAGAAGGCGGCCCCGAAAUCUGUAUUCAAGAAUGAAGAGAAGGCAUUUCCUAGGGGUGGCGCUAGCGUUUUGACGCCGUUGGAGCACAAGCAAAUUCAAAUCAAGGCCAAUCAGGAUGUUCUCUUUGAGCAGGCCGGCAUCAAGAGGAGUGGAAAUGAUGAUAUGGAUAUGAGCGAUAUUGGGUCGGAGGCAGGCUCGGAGCAAGCUGCUAAAACUACAAAGAAGCGGAAAUCGAAGAAGAGCAAGAAGGCGCACGAGGAGGAAAAGGAAAAUGUGAUCAAAGUGGAAUCGCUGAGCUUCAAGAGGAUCAUACCGGGUAUGAUCAUCCUGGGCCAGGUGUCCGAGAUCACUUCCCGCGACCUCGUUCUCGCUCUUCCCAAUAACCUCGUGGGGUUCGUGCCGCUUACCGCGAUAUCCGAUAAGUUCACUGCGAAGAUUGAAAAGUUGCUCGAGGAGGCUGACGCAGACGCUGGUGAAGAUGACGAGUCAGACGAUUUUGAGGAUGUCGAUCUGGACAAGAUGUUCAAGGUCGGCCAAUACCUAAGAGCUUGCGUCACGUCCGCUGCAGACGAAGUUCCGACAAGUGGCACAGCGAAAAAGAGAAUAGAAUUGUCGAUCCAGCCAGCCUUGGUCAACCGGGGCCUCGCCAAAUCCAGUAUCACUGUGAACGGAACCAUCCAGGCGUCAGUGGCCAGCAACGAGGACCACGGCCUGAUCAUGGACAUGGGCCUCGAAGAGCCGGGACUGAAGGGUUUCCUCCCUAAGAGCGAGAUCGGCAAAGAUGUGGACCACUCCAAGGUCCAGGAGGGAACCGUGUUUCUCUGCACAGUCUCCCGUCUGAAUUCUGAUGGACGGGUUAUCACGCUGUCUGCCGAUUAUCAGAAAACAGGCAAUCUAAAAAAGCUGGCGCACGUCACGGACGCUCCCACCGUUGACGUUUUCCUUCCGGGCACUGCUGUUGAUAUGUUAGUGACGGAUACCACGCCCACGACAGUUACUGGGAAGAUCAUGGGAAUGCUGGAUGCCACAGCGGAUGCCGUGCAUUCUGGUGCAGCCGACCGAGGCGAGGAUAUGUCUGAGAAAUAUAAGAUCGGAUCUAGGGUGAAAGCUAGAAUCAUUUGCACAUUCCCCAACUCGGAACCCAAGAAGGUUGGAGUAUCCUUGUUGGACCACGUCGUUUCGCUUUCCACCCGCGUUUUCGGCAAGGCAAAGGAAAGCAAAGACCCUCUGAGCAUUCUUCCUAUCUCCGGGUUUGUCGAAGAGGCAAAGGUGACGAGAGUCGAGCCUUCGAGCGGCGUGUAUCUGGAUAUCGGCGUUAAAGGCGUCCCGGGCUUUGCCCACAUCUCACGAUUGUCGGAUGAGAACGUCGACCGCCCUUCGUCAGAGUCCGGUGCCUUUAAGAUUGGAUCUAAGCACCGGACCCGCGUACUCGGAUACAACCCGCUGGAUGGGCUCUACCAGCUUUCUCUGGAGAAAAAGGUCUUGGAGCAGCCUUUUCUGCGCGUGCAGGACGUCAAAGUGGGCCAAGUCGUCAAGGGAAAAGUUGAAAAGCUGAUCGUGGACAAAAAAGGGCACACUUCUGUACUCGUCAGCCUCGCUGAAGGCAUCCGCGGGUUGGUCUCGGAAAGACACCUUGCUGACGUUCGUCUGCAGCAUCCUGAGCGAAAGUUCAGGGACGGGGCCACAGUCACGGCACGAGUGCUCUCGGUUGAUGUGGAAAAACGCCAUGUCAAGCUCACGCUCAAGAAAUCUCUAGUCAAUUCGGACGUGGAACCAUGGGUGGACUAUUCCACUCUAUCAGUGAACGACAGAGGACCCGGUACCCUUGUGGAGGUCAAGCCUGCCGGUGCCAAAGUUCGCUUCUACGGACCUGUGAAGGCAUGGCUACCUGUCGCGGAGAUGAGCGAGGCGUACAUCGAGGAUGCUACGAAGCACUUCCAAGUCGGACAGGUGGUGAAUGUUCGCAUCAUCGCCAUAGACCCGGAACAUAAGCGUAUGAUUGUCUCUUGCAAAGAUCCGGAAGCUGUCGAUGCCGAUAAGGAAGCAACAUUCAAAUCUCUCAACCUCGGUGACAUUGUCCGUGGCACAGUUCUCGAAAAAACGGACGACAUGGCCACUGUGGAUAUGGGGCAUGGGGUUAAGGGACUCCUCAGAAUUGGCCACAUGACUGAUGGAUCUGAGAAGAAAGACAAGGCUACCAUGGCACGGCUGCGCGUGGGAGGUCCGGUCGAAGAUGUUGUAGUCAUCGAUAAGCGCAACAAACAAAAAGCCGUGAUCCUGUCUAACAAACCGAGUCUUCGCAAAGAUGCCCAAAACAAGAAACUGGUUACUAGCUUUGAGGAUGUCAAGACUGGCGACAACUUGCAUGGCUUUGUUCGCAAGGUGAUGCCAGAUAGGGUCUACGUUGAGUUCGGUGGUGGCGUCGUUGGCCUGUUGUUCCAGUCUCAGCUUCCCGAUGACAUGAAGAACCUGGCAGAUUUCGGCCUACGACAAGACCAGUCGAUCACAGCUCGCGUCAGUUAUGUCGACGAAGGGCAGGCUCGCUUCUGGCUUUCGAUGAGAGCCGACGCCGAAACCACUGCGAAGCCUCCCACUCAGGGAACGGUCGGAGAAGCAACGGUCAAUGCUGUUGACAAGAAUAUCAAGUCUACCACGGACCUGCACGUUGGGGACACUACACAGGUCCGCAUCAAGUCUGUCAAGAGUACUCAACUGAAUGUCCAAGUUGCGGAUAAUGUGCAGGGACGAAUAUCUGUGGCCGAAAUCUUCAAUAGCUGGGACGAUAUCAAAGAUAAAAGACACCCGUUGGCUCAGUUCAAGGCGAACGAGAUUCUUCCCGUCAAGGUUCUCGGGCUUCACGAUGCGCGUAAUCAUCGCUUCCUCCCCAUCACCCACCGCCAGGGCAAGGUACCUACCUUUGAGCUUACAGCCAAGACCAACACGGAUACUUUAUCGCUCGAAAACAUCACUCCUGGCUCUUCUCACAUCGCUUUCAUCAACAACAUCGCUGACCGAUAUGUGUGGGUAAAUCUAUCAGCAAAUGUUCGUGGGCGCAUUGAGCUUCUCGAGCUUUCGGAUGAUCUUUCUCUUCUUGCAAAUGUUGAAGACAACUUCCCGAUUGGCUGUGCCUUGAGAGUUCGCGUAAAAGCUGUUGACGUUGAAGCUGGCCGUCUUGAUUUGACUGCAACUUCGACAGAGUCUACCAAGCAAUUCGAACUGAAGGAUCUCAAGGAAGGACUGGUGCUUCCAGCGCGUGUUACCAAAGUUCACGACUCUUCCAUUGUUGUCAAGAUCAGCGAGAACAUCGCCGGACCCAUUUACCUUGAGCAGCUUGCGGAUGAUUAUGAUAAAGCGAAGCCGAAGAACUACAAACUCGGCGACAUUGUACGCGUUUGCGUUCUGAGCGUGGAUGUGCCCAACAAGAAGGUUUGGCUAUCGGCCAGACCGUCGCGUGUGCUCAGCUCGUCUCUUCCCAUCAGGGACCCCGAAAUCAAGGACAUUUCGCAACUGAAGGUUCACCAGGUGGUAAGGGGCUUUGUGAAGAAGAUUGAUGCAAAGGGUGUCUUCGUUCGCCUCGGUCCGCACGUGGAUGCUUUCGUGAAGAUCUCGAAUCUGUCAGACGAAUACAUCAAGGAUUGGAAGACAGCUUUCCAGGUGGACCAGCUGGUGACUGGAAAGAUUAUCGCUGCCAAUCCGGGCAUGCGAAACGCGCAGAUGACCUUGAAGAAGUCUGUGGUGGAGGGUGAAUACGUUCCACAGCUCGAGUUCAGUGAUAUGGAAGUUGGGCAAAUUGUGACAGCCAAAGUCAGGCGUGUCGAAGACUUCGGUGUCUUCCUUGUCGUCGACAACUCACGCAACGUGAGUGGCCUGUGCCAUAUCUCUCAAGUUGCCGACUCCCGGGUGCAGAAUCUAAAAGCGUUGUACAAGGAGGGUGAUGCUGUUAAAGCCAAAGUCUUGGAAGUUGACCCAGAAAAGAGGCGAGUCAACUUCGGCCUCAAGUACUCUUACAUCAAGGGCUCUGAAGAGGAUGACGACGAGGAGGGCAGCUCAGGCGAGGAAGAGGAUGAUGCAUCGGCGGUCUCCGAAAUGGAUGUAGAUGGUGUGGAUGAAGACAUGCGCAGCGUGAAGAGUGUGGAUGAUGAUGACGAGGCCAUGCAAGACGCCGAGGAAAAUGAAGGUGACGACGAGGAUCCUUCGCACAUGGCAUCGACGACUGGUCUCAAGACCUCUGGGUUUGACUGGACGGGCGCUACGCUCGAUCUGGGCGAGCAGAAAGCGGCAGAUGAGUCUUCAUCGGACGAAGAGUCUAAGAGGAAGAAGAAAAAGCACAAGAAGGCCACCAUCCAGGAGGAUAGAACUGGCGAUCUUGACGCCCACGGGCCUCAAUCCGUUGCUGACUACGAGCGGUUACUGCUUGGCCAACCAAACAGCGCCGAGCUCUGGGUCCGUUACAUAGUCUUCCAGCGUGAUCUCAAUGAGAUUGAGAAGGCGCGCCAAAUUGCUCGUCGUGCGUUGUCUGUCAUCAACCCUCGCGAAGAGAAGGAGAAACUGGACGUGUGGACCGCCUUGUUGCACUUGGAGAACGACUUCAGCAGCGAUGACACUGUUGAGGAGACGUUCAAGGAGGCCUGCCAAAACAACGACUCCCGAGAGAUACAUGAGCGUAUGAUCAAGAUUUACGUCUCUUCGGGAAAGCUUGAUAAAGCGGACAAUCUCUACCAAGCCAUGACGAAGAACAAGGAAUUCACGCCUACUCCCUCUCUGUGGCUCUCGUACGCCACCUUCCUCAUGUCUACCCUGCAACCUCCGUCCCCAGCAAGAGCCCGCGCGCUCUUGAACCGCGCCAUGCAAUCUGUCCCGGAGUCCGAACACCGCUAUCUCACGUCCAAAUUCGCUGCGCUGGAAUUCAAGUCGCCCAACGGCAACCCCGAGCACGGCCGCACCAUUUUUGAAGGGCUCAUAUGCAAUUGGCCCAAGAAGGGCGAUCUCUGGGACAUGUAUGUCGAGCUGGAGAAGGCGCAUGGUAUCGGAGAGAACGUCAGGGCGUUGUACGAGCGCAUGGUGAAGCAGAAGAUGAAGCGGAAGAGGGCGUCAGUCGUGUUUAGGAGGUGGGCGGAUUGGGAGGAGAAUAUUGGGAAUUCAAAGGGAGCGGGAAAGGUCAGGGCGAUGGAGAAGGACUGGAUGGAGAAGAAGCUGGAGGAGAAGGAGAAGGAGGAGUAAUCUCGUCUGUUGUGAGGUCUAUUGUUGGCAGUCUGCAAUUGUUCGCAUAGUAGCAUUGCUGGGCGUUUGGCGGUUUUGGGAAAAAUGUAUUCUUGGAUGAUCAUCAAAAGGAGACCUUGUAGCUGUUACUUGCAUAUAUAUUUUGAUCUUGAAAGCCAUGCAUGACGGUCGCUAUCUUUGGUAGGAAUACCACCGCUUUC